UUUAUUUUUAGCUCACAUUUUAUAUGAGUAAUUUCAUAGUAGUAACGCAUCUCUAUUUAUUUAAAGAAUAUUUAGAUUAAUUUAAUUACUAAUUAUUUAACUAUGAUAAAAUAAAUGUUACUUAUUUACUUCUUUGUUUUCUAUUACUAGGUAUAAUUUAUUACACAUUUUUAUCAAAAGCAAUUAAGUUGCAGGAUAUAUCUUAAAGGGCUGAAAUUAUAAGAACAAUAGCACCAGAUUUAUUACUAUAGCUUCUAAUAAAAGAAAGAUAAUGUAAUUCCAAACAUAAUAUACGGAAAUCAUUUGCGUAUUGGACUUCAAGGAAUAAAGUUCUAUUAAAAAGUAAAAAUGAAAACAAUUAUUUUGCUAUUUCUAUUCGCGCAAAAAUGUUUUGCUUUCGAUCUUCCCCGCACUGGGUGUAAGACCGACUUGACUAUUGACAAAGACCACUACAAUGUAACUGAAAUCUACAACACGGGCGAUGCGGAGCCAACGGACGCGCAUUUCGACACCAAAGGGAAUCUAUUUUUCGUCGUAUUCGGUCGUAAUUUCAACGGGUAUUAUUACGAUAUCAAAGUAAUCAAGCCUAACUCUACAACGGCUCAAAAUAUUCCAGGUUUACCUGAACGGGAAAGCUACUCCGUUGCAGUGGACAAAAAGGAAUCCAAAGUCUAUUUCGGAACGAGUAAAGGAAUCUACACUUACAACUACGAGUCUCAAGACGCAACUUUAAUCUCCAAACCGGAUAUAAAAUUAAACUCAUUGCUCGUAGACAAAGAUGGUAACACGUACAUCACUAGUAGUCCGGAAGGGCAUGAACAAUUGUAUCUACUAAAAGGCAAUGAAAAAAUACAUUUUAAAGGUUUUGACGCCCUCGAGGAAGUAGCUGUUGAUGACAAGAACAAUUUUUACUAUAUCAGGGAAGAAAAGUUCUUCGUUUUAAAGUCCAAUUUGUCUCAUGCUGUUUUUAUCGGUAAUGUAUCCUAUGAAGGACUAGGUCAGAUAACAUUUCACCGAGAAUACGUUUUUGUAGCAAGCGAAACCUUAUCUUACAUCCACGAAAACGAUACUGGUCCAAUGAAGCUAGUCCAAGGAGUACCGGCCAAUGUUACUGCUAUGGCUUUCGAUCGUUCUGGUAAUUUUGUACUUGGAACCAAGGGCAAGAUUCUAAAAUAUAAGGCGAAUGAUAAGGAGUGCUAUCAAAGAAAAAAUUAAAAACUGAUCAAGUGCGAAUCGGACUCGCACACAAAGGGUUCAGUACCAUCGUAAGUUUUUUUAUUUACAUGAUGUCCAUUUUAACAUUUUUAUAUUUAUUAUAGCGGCAAUA